UUGACGUAAUACACCCACGCGCAUAUGAAGGUAUUGCGCAACGGCGCAGGAAAACAAACCAGAAACCAGACAAAGCGUAGCCAACGCAACUAACAAAGCCUUUAGGGAUAUAGGAAGGAAGGAACAAUAAUGGCGGCUGUACUCAGGAGCUUGUUGUGCCUGGUCGUUGUUCUGUGUGCCGUGGCCGUGUGUGCACAAGGCAAGCAUCACUCCAAGCCCAUUGUGAUCACUCCUACAAAGGGUGUGUUAUCAGUCGAUGAAGCUCUCGAUUCUGUGCACCAAGCAGUCGAUGAGGUUGAAGAUGUCGGAAAUACCAUCCAGCAAACUGAGAAUACAAUCGUUGGGUUCUUCAAUAACACUAAGAGCAAGUUCGAGCAAGCCUUGGCUAACCUCUCCAGCUACCUGCCCAUUAACGUCGACUACACACUGAACGUUAGUCAGAAGUGUGACCCAGUCAAGUACAACAAGGAAUACUACCACACCAUUGCACUCAUUCUGUCAGCUGCACUCAUCCUACUCGGCGUUGUCUUUGCUUUUAUCGGAUACCGUCUCAUGAAGAUAGUGCUCUUCCUGAUUGGCUUCCUCCUGGCUGGCUCUGUCACUUACUUCAUCAUCCUCUCUUUCACUCACCAGCUCACUGGCUCCUGGAUUCUCUACGUGUCCAUCAUCGUACCCAUCGUAGUGGGCCUCCUCGCUGGAGUAUUGAUCAUCUGUCUCUACUACAUUGGCAUAUUCCUCGCUGGAGGGAGCAUUGGAUUCCUCAUCGUUUGGUUUAUACUCGCAGCCAUCGAUGUCGCCUUCUUCCGUACCCACAUCUAUGUGCCAAUUCUUAUCGCUCUUGCCGUUGGUAUUGCCCUCGGUAUUGUGACGUUGUUUGUUCAGAAGUGGUUCUUCAUGUUUGGUACCACCGUGCUCGGUAGCUUCAUGAUCGUGUGGGGACUGGACUACUACAUUGAGCUGGGGUCUAUUGUCUACUAUCUGGUGCUGUUUGCUGAGCACAGAUCACAGAUCAAGCCCUGCUGGUACUCGUGGACCAUGGUGGGUGUGUUUGGAGUCCUCAUCCUCAUCGCUUUCCUCGUGCAAGCGUGCGUGACGGGGAGAAAGUAUGACCACAAGAAAGCUCUCAAUGGAGGAAUGUGCUGUGGACUGUGCAGUAAGAAGAAGACCAAGAAAGUGGACGACAGUGCCAAGUACAUGAAAAUGAAGGACAUGGAGGAAUGAAUGAACGAACUUGCCUGUACUAUACGUAACUAUAACUAUACUGUUGUUGAUUUGUUAUAGAAACUCAACUUUAUAGAGCUAGUACCUUACCCACAGUGCGUAUACAUAGUUGUACUGAUGUGUACAGCAUAACGGUAUAUUAGUAUUAUUAUUUUUGCGUGUAAUAAUUGUAUUAUAUACAUGACUGAUGCUGUUGCACUGAGA